AGUUAGCUACAGUGGCUGUAAAUUGGCUGUAAGUUAGCCUAGCUGUAAGUUAGCUACAGUGGCUGUAAGUUAGCCUAGCUGUAAGUAAGCUACAGUGGCUGUAAAUUGGCUGUAAGUUAGCAUAGCUGUAAGUUAGCUACAGUGGCUGUAAGUUAGCCUAGCUGUAAGUUAGCUACAGUGGCUGUAAGUUAGCCUAGCUGUAAGUUAGCUACAGUGGCUGUAAGUUAGCCUAGCUGUAAGUUAGCUACAGUGGCUGUAAGUUAGCAACAAAGCAUUAGCUAGCCGUUAGCUUCACACACGUAAACAAUGGAUCCAGACAAAGAAGAAGCAGAAGAGUUAGUUUCGGACUCUGAAGACCCGUUCCCUGAGAGGGUAGAAGAGGAAGAGGAGGAGGAAGGAGAGAAGGAAGAGGAGGAUGACGAGGAGGAGAAGGAUGCUCUUAUCUUCAGCGCGUGGAUGCAGCGCUACAGAGGAGGGGAACAGAGGGAUGAGAUCGGAGAGGAAGAGGAGAAAGAGGAGGAAGAGGAGGGAGGAAGACCUGAGAGCAGAUGUUGUCUAGAGCCACCGGUCAGGAUGAGGACCGAUCGCCGGGCGUCACUACCGUGUCCGGCGACUCUAUCGGCCAUGCAUCUGUCGCGCCUCCACUCUUCCACCCGUCCCGCGGUGACGGCGAAGGUGCUGCUCAAACGCUCGUCCUUACGCAACCUCCUUCCGGUACCUCAGGAGGUCGCCGCGGCAACCACGGUCGCCACGGUGACCGCCACGGCAACCACGCGGAGACCCUCCCUCACCCCCGGCAUCCAUGACGUCAUGGCGCCCGAGAAGCGGGGCCAGUUCAGGAGACGCAACGUCAUGUCGUUGAGUGAUGCCUACAGUGUGUGUCUGAUCUGUCAUAAUGACCUGAGUCGAGGCUCCGGGACCAGAGAGCUGCAGUGUACACACACCUACCACAAAGAGUGUAUAGAGGAGUGGUUGUGGAGGAAACAGUCCUGUCCUACGUGCCACGUUCAGGUGUCCAUCCCUCAGCCCGCCUACUGGAGCUCCACCCGGGCCAAAGUCCCCUAAAACCUGCUGCGCUGCUACGUCAUCAAACGUCCCCAAGCCUCUCCACAUGGGACUGAAUAGAGUUAUCUAUUACAUGUCACUUACACACAUGUACAUAACCUUAUU